AUGUACAAUCAAUCUAGUGGAACACCAUCACCAAUAUGUUCCACCAACAACGGGGUUAUUGAGCAGCAAGUUUCCUUAAAUCUUGUUUUUGUUUAUGGGCUUAACACCAUCAAUGAGAAAAAGCCUUUCUGGCAAGGGCUCCUUCAGCACAAUUACAGCUCUCUGUGUUUAUUCAUUAGGGACUUCAACUCUGUGUUUGCUACUGAUCAAAGACUUAAUGGCAGGCAAGUUACCUCGUAUAAGCUGGAGGAUAUGCAUAGAGUCAUGGCAGAGCUCAAUCUUCAUCCCCUCAAAGGGAUUGGGCAUGAGUUCACGUGGACCAACAAGGAGACAGGUACAAACAAAAUUUGUUCAAAAAUUGACCACGCUUUGGGAAAUCUUGCUUGGCUUAAUUCUUAUGCAGGUAUCACGGUAAAGUAUGGCAACCCAAAGCAUUCAGAUCACACUCCUCUUUCUGUUGAUCUUUUUAGAGAUGAUUCCUUGGGGGCUCGUCCUUUUCGAUUUCUGAAUUACAUGGCGAAUCAUGUGGACUUCAUUACGAUUGUCAAUGAGGCGUGGAAGUUUACAACCAAAGGAGGCCCUAUGGAGAGACUGUGGGCCAAGUUGAACGCUGUCAAAAGGAGCCUUAAAUCCCUACACAAGAAGGAAUUUGAAGGCAUCAGAAGUAAAAUCAAGACCCUUGAGACUAAUAUUGAUGACGUUCAGUCUACGCUGAGGCUUAACCCCUUCUGCAUGGAGUUACAAAACAAGGAGAAAGACACCAUCAGUAACCUGUGCUACUGGAGAGCUAUGAAGGAGAAACAAGCGAGUAAUGGUAUUUAUGAGCUGAAGAACAACCAAGGGGCCCCAUCUAGUUCGUUAAUUGGGAUCAAUAAAGUUUUGAUGAUAAAAAGGACGCAGCUUUCUGCUCGUGACAUCCAAGCCCUCACUCGAGUUAUUACUAAUCAGGAAAUUAAAGAAGCUUUGUUUGGGAUUAAUGACAAUAAAGUUCCAGGUAUUGAUGAGUUUAAUGCGUACUUUUUCAAGAGAUCCUGGGAGAUAAAGUGGGAGACUUUAGACCGAUAUCCUAAAAUCCUCACAGUUAGGCUCCAAGAGGUGAUUGGCAAGCUUGUUGACCAUGCCCAAUCUGGCUUCAUUCCGGGUAGGCAAAUUUUAGAUAGCAUUUUGUUAGUAGCGGAACUGGUCAAAAGAUACACCCGUCAGCAUAACAGCCCUAGGUGCAUGAUCAAAGUUGACAUGAGGAAAGCCUAUGACUCAGUGGAGUGGUUCAUCCUUCGGAGUAUUAUGGAGGAGUUGGGUUUUCCGGGUAAGUGUGUGAAUUGGUUUAUAACGUGUGUUACAACGGUUUCCUUCGCAAUUUUGGUUAAUGGUGUUCCACUCAAGUCAUUCAAAGCUGCUAAGGGGCUGAGGCAAGGUGAUCCUCUGUCUCCUUAUUUGUUUGCGUUGUGUAUGGAGUAUCUUUCCAGAUUAGUUAGGGAUUCUAGCAAGGACCCCAAGUUUGCUUUUCACCCUAGAUGCAGGAAAGUGGGCAUCACCCACUCACUUUUUGCUGAUGACCUGUUGUUGUUCUGUAGAGCGGAUCCUAGCUUCGUAGCUGUUAUGAUGCACACUUUCCAUGGCUUCUCAAGGGCCUCUGGGCUUGAGGUUAAUGAAGGUAAAAGUAGCGCUUUCAUUUUAGGAGCGACUACUAAUUCUAAGAAAGAUGUGCUGGAUAUUCUUAGUAUGCCUGAAGGUGCUUUCCCCUUUAGGUAUUUAGGUGUCCCUCUUCAUUCUAAGAAGCUCAAUAUCCAUGAUUGCAGACUUUUGGUGGACAAAAUCUUGGGGAGAAUUAAGUUUUGGUCUUCAAAGCUGCUUUCCUAUGCUGGGAGGAAACUUAUCAAGACGGUCGGAGAUUUGUGUCGAUCUUUCAUUUGGACAAGUCAAGAGGGCAUUUCCCGCAAGGCAAAUGUGGCUUGGGAUAUGAUGGUUCUCCCUCUCUUUAAAGGAGGUUUAAACUUGAGAGACAUGUAUAAGUGGAAUAAGGUGGCUUUGCUGAAGCAUCUGUGGAAUAUAGCCAACAAGAAAGACAAUCUUUGGGUGCGGUGGGUCUACAAUUACUAUAUGAAGAAACAAGAGAUACAAUCAUGCACAGUCUCUAUCCAUGCUUCGUGGAGCUAUAAAAAAAUCAUCAAGCAAAGAAAGCUCUUAACUACUCUAGGAGGGUGGGAGCCAAUGACCAAAGGAGGGGAGUUCUCUAUAAGUUCUAUCUAUGAACUGAUGAUAGCAGGGGAAACCAAAGUCGACUGGGGGACAUUAUGA